CCAGUAUGUGCCUCAUCUCUACGUCAUCAUGCUUGGCAUCCCCUGAUGUAUAAUCUAUCUAUCUUCCGCCCUAGAGUUGUUCGGCUCCCCUCUAAGUACAGCAGUCAAUUGAGCCAGGUUUAGUCGACCCCGAGGAGAGCAGAACAAUGUCAGACAUUGUCCACCUCCCCGAUCGUCUAUUAGAGGAGAUCAAGAUAAAACUGCAAUACGCUCGGCUGGAUGAGGGCAUGGCCGAGGUGGAGUGGAAUGACCUUGAGAUAGGACAUGCCAAUUUCAAAAGACUGGUGGAAUACUGGCGCGAUGAGUACGACUGGCGCAAGUUCGAGGCCUAUGUCAACAACUCCUUUCACCACUUUCAGACUCCUCUCCCGGUAACUGGGCCUGGGUCCUUUCUGGAAGCCUGCAAAAUUAUUCCAUUGUUGACCGAGCCGAAGGAAGACCAGCAGGCAUUUCAUGUGGUGGCGCCGUCGCUGCCCGGGUACGGUUUCAGCUCUUACACGAAGAAGAGCGGUUUCGGUCUCGAGCAACACGCAGAAUGUCUAGCCCGCUUGAUGAACAAACUUGGAUACCACCAAUAUGUGUGCCAGGGGGGUGAUUGGGGCUCAUCGAUUGUGCGCUACAUGGCGCUGAACCACUCCGACGCAGUGCGGGCCAUCCACAUCAAUAUGUUGCUGGCCUUGCCCCCGGAUGAGCACAAGUCGCCGGAAAAGUAUGCCAGAUACCGCCGAAAUGAGUAUAGCGAGCAAGAAAUCCGCAACCUGGAGCGGACGCAUUGGUUUGCGACCGAAGAGAGAGGCUAUCAACGCAUCCAAGAGACCAAGCCAGUCACACUGGGAUAUGCCUUGCAUGAUUCGCCGGUGGCUAUUUUGGCCUGGUUUGUCGGCAAGCUGAACGCAUGGACGGAUGAGUAUCCUUGGACACCCGACGAGCUCAUCCACUGGGCACUCAUUCACUAUCAAGGGAGUCCCAGUGCGGCCAUGCAAAUAUAUAAAGAGGCGUCUGCUGUGUUGAAUGCGAGCCCGGAUAGUAUGCUCGGCCAAUACAUUUGUCAGCCUGUUGGCGCCUCUGUCUUUCCCAAGGAGCUGUGGAUCGCACCACGAGACUGGGUGGAGGAAGCGUGCAACGUCCAAUUCUGGAGACAUCACAGACGUGGUGGUCAUUUUGCUGCCUGGGAAUGUCCCCAGGCGCUGGUGGACGACGUAGCGGAAUUCUACCGAGAGGACGGACCGGUAUUCGGUGGUACAAAGUCGCCCAUCACUUAGAUUGCAAUA